UGCUGGCGAUUUUGGAACAAAAGCAUCUCGAUGUGCAUGGUACGUCUUUCUAGCGCAGGUGGCUAAAGUCGCAGCUCUUUAGUCGGUUCGUUCGAACACGUAUUAAAACAACUUUGUCAAAAACAUUAGCAAUAGGUUAUGGAACGGAUGUGACUUCGCUACUAUUUUUAAGUUUUAUUUUUUUACACGCAUUCUUGUCAUAUAUUGUUAAGUUUCGCUUAUGGUCAGGAAAACUUCUGAUUUUCGAGGAUUUAACGAAAAUGUCUGAGUCAAACUUUAUAUCUUGCUUAUCUUUAAUCUAUUUCCAUAUUGCAGUCGUCUUUUAUAUAAUUCUAGGAUCCACUGUCACCUUUGUCUUUGUGUUCUCAUAUUUUUCAAAAUUCGGCGAAUUGCCUCCAGUGUUCAUCAGCUGUUUUCCUUCAAAAUGGAACAAUGUAAAUUCGGCUUAAGGCACAAGGCCACUUGAGAAUCGAGACAACUUUGUAGUAUCCGUACAUAGCUUAAAAAGAGAAAGCCAGGACACUUGAAUACACCAUAAAUUAAGUCCUCUCCCAUACUUCGUCAUGGGCUAAAGGAACCUAACGUUUGCGCAACUGCAACUUUGUCUUUCGUUUUUGCUUACAAGCCAGACACCAAGUGUCUUCUUGAUGCCAUCUUCUUAAGUCUUCUCAAUGCGAGAAUUGAUUGUGAAUUUUAAUAAAUAAAUAAAAAAAAAAUCUUAAGUCUGUCGACGAUUAUAAUUUGAGCGAGCGUUUGUUCGGAAGAUUAUGGGAUGAGCUUAGGUCAAAAGGUAAGAAACUUAAGUGGCUAGCCGUUGCUAUCUUUACUAGUUUUUGAAAUGGACUUAAUAGAAUAAACUUUCAUGAUGGAGUUAAGUAUGGAGAAUUCUACCACCAUGCUCUUAAAAUUUCUUGAAGAGCAAGCAAAAGACAGAAAAGCCUUCUAUUCCAAAUAUUUCUUAUCUAUGCAAUACAGGAGACAAUUGCAACUGUGCUGAACAUGUAGCACGCAAGGUACGAUGAUUUAUGGGAAACAUCUGAGUGUACCUUUCCUGAGAAUUUCGAAGAAGUUAUGUUUUUCAUAUGCAUAUAAAUAAACUCACGAUCCAUUCCACCAUAAAACUUUGCAACAUUCAUAAUAUAUGGGAAACCAAAAAUAUCACGCUUGGACAAAACGUCGUAACUUUAUCGAAUGAAAAGUCUGUGUGUUACUUCGCUUCGCGUUUAUCAAGAGUCGUCAGUCUAGUGAAACUGGACUCGCUUACGAACUUGCCGCUAGCAGGUAUAAAUUCUGUUUGACAUUACUUCAAAGUCAUUCUUACUCCUUGCGUUGAUAGUACGUCAAAACUACAGCAUUUACACACUUACGUAAUAUGCUGUCACUCAUUCAUUCGCGACAUAUACACACUUAUUAAUUAGGUUAUUAUCGGAUUUUAGCACUCUAGGGAUCUGAUAAGCAUAUAGCCUGAAUUCCUGGAUGUUUCUAGAACGAUUGAAAAAGAUUCAAAGUUAUAAUAUUAUAAUAAUUUUUAUAUUUUUAUCUACAAUGAUGAAACAGGAAACUAUGACUAUUUAAUUAGAGCUAUUUCUUAAUGUAGUAAUGUAAUACAACUAAAACAACUAAAUUGGUACAACUAAUUAACUACUGCAUGACAACUCACAACUCACAACAAUCGACAACCAACAAAUCGCAACUAAGUACUCACAACUUGUGACUAACUACCAACUGAGUCCAACUAAUUUUUUUCUUUUUUUUUAUUUAAUUCUUUACAUUCACAAUUUGUCCAGUUUGGACAUUUGGUAGAAUUUUUUAGCUGUUUGAUUAUCAUGUAGGUGGCUACCUCCGGUGGGGUUAGGUUUCUUCGUGUUUGUUAGGUUGUGUCCUUUGUGAGGUCUGCUGGAUGUUUCCUUUUCAGAGUCCAUCUAAUGACUAACUUUCUCUGACAAAACAUCCCUUUAUCAGAGUUUUUGUAUUCCCACCAUAUACACGUGUUCCGCAGCCGUUUAUGACAACAGAUGGUCACGUAUGCCUUUUCCAAGUAACUAUUUUUCUGAAGGACAGUGGACAUACCGAUGGACCACAUGGUCUAUUGGAAUUUCCCGCCCCUUCUGGCACUUCCACUUUCUACCUGCACUAUAGUUCAUCGGGUCUUUCUUAAAUGAUUUUUCCAUGAUACGACAAUAUUAUAUCUAAUAUAAAGAUAACAGUUUCAUAUUAUUCAAGCAUGUAAUGUAAAAAUAUUUUCAUAACAUUUCGUUUAUAGCAUCCAUUGCCUUUAUUACUGUUUUAUUUAACAAUAGUUCAUAUAUUUAUAAGAUACCGCAUGAAAUAUGAGAGACGCGAAUUCGCGUUUCCGGUUCCCAACCGUUGGUAAAUGAAAGAUGCGAAUUCGCGUCUCCGGCUCCCAAAGCGUUAGUAGCAAAGCCUAAACAUUUUACUGAACCUACUAGCAUAAUUACUCGGAAUUGUAAAAAUAAAUUUUCGAAUAAUAAAAAUGUCAUAUACAGGGUGGUUGGUAACUGGUGGUACAAGCGGAAAGGAGGUGAUUCUACGCAAAAAAAGAAGUCGAAAAUAUAGAAUAAAAAUUUUUCGUUCGAGGCUUUGUUUUCGAGAAAAUCGACUUUGAAUUUUCGCUCGGUACGCGUGCAUCUUAUCACGUCUCGUUAUAACGGAUCUCACUGUAGAUCGUUGUCUCGAUGGAAAAAUUUAAGAAAAAAAAUUCUUAUUCUAUAUUUUCGACUUAUUUUUUCGCAUAGAAUCACCCCCUUUUCGCUUGUACCACCAAUUACCAACCACCCUGUAUAUAGCAAGUAUACAUCUAAGUAUAAAUUGUGGAAGAAUUGAUGCUCAUAUAAUAACAAGAAAAAUUACAGUGCGAGUAUCCUGGUUAUCUAUAAUAAUAACAAUUCUAAGUAUGCAUCUGAUAUAUAGAUAUAUACAUUUUUCUAUAUCAACAAUUUUAGAUUACCGCAUCCGUCUAAGAUCAAGCGUGACAAAUUGUUGGCAUUGAUCUUACUGCCGUUUUCUGGUAAUCACAUUAUUAAUUCAAACUAAAGCAUUUUCAAUCAAUGAUUGAAAAAAAUAGAAGAUUAAGCAUCAAGAAAACUCUUUAUGGAUUCUAUUCCUUGAACUUUAAGAAUGUAUCUGCCUGAUGCAUACGUAAUAUACAUUCUGCUAUAUCAACAUAUUCCUUAGAUUAUCGUAUCCGUCUCUGUUUACGCGUGACAAACUGUUGGCAUUACUCCUGCGUUUUCUAAUAAUCGCAUUAUUAAUUCAAACUAAAGCAUUUUCAAUCAAUGAUUAGAAAAGAUAAAAAAUUAAACAUCAAAGAAAUUCUUUAUGGAUUCUAUUCCUUGAACUUUAAAUAUGUAUCUGCCUAAUACAUAUAUAUAUACAUUCUGCUAUAUCAACAUUUUUCUUAGAUUACCGUAUCCGUCUCAGCUUACGCGUGACGAACUGCUGGCAUUGCUCUUGCAUUUUCUAGUAAUCGCAUUAUUAAUUCAAAUUAAAGCAUUUUCAAUCAAUGAUUAGAAAAGAUAAAAAAUUAAACAUCAAAGAAAUUCUUUAUGGAUUCUAUCCCUUGAACUGUUAUCCUUAUAGGUAACCAGAUUACUCGUAGUGCAGUUUAUCUUGCUAUAUUUUGAGCAUCAGUUCUUCCACAAUUUAUACACAUUUAAUUAUAUAAUAUACUACUUAGUAUAGUAAAAUAAUUAUUUAUAUAAUUAUAUGUAUAAUGUACACGCGAUAUUUUCAUAAAUUUAUCAUUUUUGUGUCAUUUCUAAGUAUAUACUUUAUUUUGACAAAAACGCUCCAUUGAUCCAACUACAAUUAUUCUCAUUAUUAUUUCUCGAGGAUUGUUUUACGUAUGCAACAUUGUUUAGUUAUCUAUUCGCAUAUUUAUAUUCGCAUUAUCUACUGCUACUGCAAUUAUGCGAUUCGACCAAAGUUCAAUGUGCGUUUGUAUAGGGGGGCACGAAAGGAAGCUCUUGGUGUAAAACAGAUAAAAUUUUUGUUUGAUUAUGAUUUCCGUGACGGUGACGUAAUAUUCCUAUAUAAAUGGGGGUAGAGAGUUCGGAGAAUUCAGUAUAAAUCGUGCUUUUUGACGAGUGAUAAGUUUCAUAGCAAAAGUAUAAAAUUGCUUUCGAAUCACGAUCAGGCUUGCUUUAUAAUUGUAUCGACAUUUUCUUUGCGAAUAAAAGCCAUACGGAUUUAAUACAUCGAAGACUUUAUUACAGUAACAAGAAUUUAUUCUAAAAGAAAUGUCAUGUUGCGUGCUGGCAUUAUGAAAAUUGUGAACAAUAUGAAUAAUAAUAAUUUAACACGUGCGAUAUUGUCACUUUUUUAUAAUAAAAGCCUAUUGAUAAUUCAUAAAAAAUAAUUUUAUGAUCUUGUAUGCGCAGAAUGUAUGAAGGAUAUAUUUUAUAAUUAGAAAGAAAGUAGAAACCCUGACAUAAACCGUCACCACUUGCCAAAUUUCAUUUUCUUAUUAAAAACAUAAUAUUAGUGCGAUAAAUGUCUUUAUGACCAGAGUGUACGCAUCUCAAAAUCUAAGAAGACGUCUGGUAAAAAUAUGAUUAUUAUCUUGAUGCUUAUCGCAUGUUCUCAAUUAUAUAGUUAACAAAGGAUUUACCAAUGUUAUAACAGGAUUUUAUCUAAAUAAAAUCGACUUCUAUCGCCAUCUUAUUUUCUCUUUUCUCAACUGCACGUUUCAAACAAAAGACGAUUGGAGGGGAGAGGGUUAUAAGGAAAAGUCUCCACUAAGCCAUCACAAUCGUUGCACAGAUAUGAUGAUCGUGAGACAACUUUGAUAUCCGACUGGCAGAUCGUUCGUCUGGAGCAACGUAACACUGUGUUUACCAACUUGUUUCACCUGUCACUAACCAGCUGAACUGCGUAUGUCCUAUUCGUCCGAAACGUUUAAUACACGAAGGAGCAAGAGAGAAAGUAUAUCAUUGGAAUGAUGUCCGAAAACACACAAACGAGAGCCACGAACUAUGACAACCUCGCGUUAAAAUGCUGGCUUUACUGCAUCGGACCAGUUCGCCGUUGCGAAGAGCUGAAAAAGUUGAAAGCGGACCUACAGAAUCUCGGAUUAUCACGUAAACAGGUACAUCAAGGCUUGAUACAAUUAGCGACGAAACCGCGUGUAAUCCUUACGCGGCAGAUACCAUAUACAAGACAUAGACUUAAAAACUUGUCGGAAGAUGAAAGAGGAAAGAAUAUCACUGAUAAUCUCAGAACAAAUGCUUUAAAUUUGCGUCCACGAAUUGAAGAUAUACAUAAAUCAAACAUGACGGAAAGAUUUAUGAAAGAAGAGAGCAAAUAUAUAAAAAAAGCGGAUGGUGUGACAGCACAUGAAACUGCAUUGAUAAGCAGCAAUCGAGAAUUAUUCAUACCAAAUAUAAAAAAUCCAUUAGCAACAAUGCAUUCCUUUGAUGAAACGCUAAAACAGUUGGAUAAAAGAAUUUCCCCGAAAAUGAGAGUGGAUGAAAAAUCCACUAAUACAAGAAAACUGAAAAAUAAUGUAGUUUCAAGUAAAAAAUGUGAUAAAGAUGAAAAUCAUCAUUGUAUUCGUAAACAUAAAGAUACUCAAAAAAUCCGAGAAAUUCCUAAUUUAAUAUCAGACAAAGUAGGUUCAAACAGAAUAUUAAUGUUUAAUAAAUAUAAAAAAAAACGGAUUGAACCUAAAUUGAAACUAAAAUCUUGUUUUGUCAAGAAGGUAAAUGAUUCUAUACAAUCAGAUGAUUAUAAGAAAGUUUAUACUAAAAACAUAAAAUUGGAUAUCAGCAAAAAAUUACAUAAUGAUAAGAAGCUUAUAGAUAUGAAAGUGAAUUCUAUACCAGACAAAAAUAUAUACUCCAAACAUGAGGACAGUACAUUAAAUUGUAACCAUAAAACUGAAGAAGUAACAAAAAUGAAAAAAAAUACACAUAAAAGAAAGCUGCAUAAACUAAUGGUUUCAGAUAGGCAUAAAGAAAUUGUCCAAAAAAGAAGAAAAAUAAAAGAUAGAUUUCGAACAUAUUUUGGAGAUUGUAUAAGUAUUAGUGAAGAUGAACAAGAGCAAAAUAUUAUAGAAGAAAGAUUUAGAAAGACAAGAAAAAAGGAUUCUGUUGAUUCUUGUGAGUCUGCCUGUGUUGAUAUAAUUCAGAAAUCAAAUGAAGAUACAUCUCAAGGGAUCAUUGCUAAUGUUGAUGUAAGUCAUAAACCAAAUGAUGAUAUAUCUCAAGGGACCAUUACUAAUCUUGAUAUAAUUCAUAAAUUGAAUAAGAGUACAUCUCAGGAGACUAUUGUCAAUGUUAACACAAAUAAUGGAUUAAAUGAAGAUACAUCUCAGAGGACCAUUGUCAAUGUUGAUGUCAUUCAUGAAUCAAAUGAAGAUACAUGUCAGGGAAUCAUUGCCAAUGUUGAUACAAAUCAUAAAUCAAAUGAAGGUACAUCUCAGGGUACGAUUGCCAAUAUAAUUCAGAAAUCAGAUGAAGAUACAUCUCAGGGAACUAUUGCCAAUGUUGAUACAAUACAUGAAUCAAAUGAAGUUACGGGUAAUACAAAUAAUAAAACUACUAAUCAAAUUGAAGGUGCAACAAAUUUUGUGGAAAUUGAAUGUAAUAAAUUACAAAAUAAUACAUAUGAAAACAAAACACAUAAUAUUGAAAUAGAAAAAAAAGAAUUGUCUCGAAAUAAGUUCAUCAAUUUUUCUGAGAAGAAUGAUAUUGAGAAAAGUAAGCAUGCAUCAAGUGUUACAGAUAUGUUCCAAAUAACUGAGCAAUCAAAAGUUAAUGUUUCUACAACAAAAAUGAAAGCAACAACAGAAAUAAAUAAUAUAUUACCUUCUGACAUUCCGGAAAUUUGUAUCCCAAGUCAUGAUACAGUGACUAUAAGUAAAGAUUUCUCAGGAUCUGAAAAAAGUAAUUUAGAUACAAAAGAUUUUAAUGAUCUUCUUCAUAUGAGACUUUUUAAAACUUGUCAGAUCAGAUCAAAUGAAAAUGUUCAAGAAACUGACAUGAAUGCAGAUAUUGGUGAAAGUACAAAUUUAAAAAAAUUGUCAGAAACACAAAUUAAUUGUAAUCAAAGUAUUACAGAAAGAAUAUUAAACCAUACUAAAGAAAAUAAAAAAGUACAAUUAUCUUCUAAUACAAAUAAAACUGAUAAUGUUAUUUCUAGAAACAAUAUAUCUAAUGUGAAAAAUAAUGAGAAUGAAUUAGCAGUGAAAAAUUCUGAAUUAAAUAUCUCAGAAAAGAAAGACAUUCAAUCCAAUAAGUUACCUCAAGGUAAAUUAAGAGUUUUAUCUAGUGCAGAACUAGGUGCCAGAUGGUGUCCCACACCUGUAAACAGUGUUACAUCUACUGUUCAAUUUUCACAUAAAAAUACAGAAACUGGAACAGUACCCAAAACAAUAGUUUCUAUUCCCGCACCUGUAUCUGAAACUGCUAGUCGAACAAUUCCUGAGAAUAUGAAGAAAUAUCAUAUGGAUUUAGAAUUUUCAAAAUCUUUGUAUGUUACUCUUGUAAAGAUAUAUAAUUUAAUUCAGGUUAUACGGAAAUUUCCAAUUAGUAAUCUAAAUUAUGAUAAAUUAUUAAAUAUGGAAUUCCAAAACUUAAGAAAAAUAUUGAAUACUGACGAUUUUAUUAAUCUAACAACAGAAAUUGUAUCUAUACUUAACAAAACAAUGUUAGUAACUCCACCACUAUCAUUGAACGAGUUGUUUCAUUAUGCACCAUCAGUCAAAUCCUAUUAUGUCCUAAUUUUAAACAAAAAUAAGACUACGAUAAAUAACCUGAAUGAAUGUCGAACUGUAAAAUCUGUAGGUGUUCCAAACCAAAUAACAUUGAAUCAAAAUAGAUGUCUUGAUGCACAAGUAUCACAGAAUAUAUGGGCUUCAUCUGUACAAUCCAGGUUACAAUAUUUACUUUCUAUUUUUUCUGAGCACGGUCAAACACUUUGCCUCAACAUUGUUCCAAACCAACCGCAGCAGAAUUUUCAAGAGCAAAUAGUCUUACCCUUGCAAAAUAAUGUUCUUCAAAGCAAUGUAUUGAUAAAUCCCAAUACUGUAAAUAAUAACAGUUAUAAUAAUAAUAUGCAUCAACACAUUUAUAGAAUGCAAGUGCAUGCAAAUUUUACUCAACAAAAAGUUUCAAAUGUUAAUUUUGCUGAGCAGAAUCCAGUAACAAAUAUGCAUGCUAGGCAAAGCUAUCCCUUGCAAUAUUCCUUAUUUCCACCUACUGGAAGAAAUCAAUUAGGAGGAGUACAUACUUCUGUACCAGUUACAAAUGCAUCAUCUAUAAACCAACAAUAUGUUUCAUCUGUUUUUAUACCACAAUCAAAUACAUAUUGUAAUGUAAAUGUACCAAAUUAUACCAUACAGCAAAAUAUGAACUCAAUACAUAUGUCACAGGGGACUCAGUUACAAGGUGUCUUACGAUCUGUAUCACCAAAUCGUAACAUACCACAACCUGUACAGCAAAAUACGAACUCAACACAUAAGUCACAGAGGACUCAGUUACAAGGUGUCUUACGAUCUGUAUCACCAAAUCGUAACAUACCACAACCUGUACAGCAAAAUAUGAACUCAACACAUAUGUCACAGGGAACUCAGUUACAAGGUGUCUCACGAUCUGUAUCACCAAAUCGUAACAUACUACAACCUGUACAGCAAAAUAUGAACUCAACACAUAUGUCACAGGGGACUCAGUUACAAGAUGUCUCACGAUCUGUAUCACCAAAGCGUAACAUAUCACAACCUGUACAGCAAAAUAUGAACUCAACACAUAUGUCACAGGGAACUCAGUUACAAGGUGUCUCACGAUCUGUAUCACCAAAGCGUAACAUACCACAACCUGUACAGCAAAAUAUGAACUCAACACGUAUGUUACAGGGGACUCAGUUACAAGGUGUCUUACGAUCUGUAUCACCAAAUCGUAACAUACCACAACCUGUACAGCAAAAUAUGAACUCAACACAUAUGUCACAGGGAACUCAGUUACAAGGUGUCUUACGAUCUGUAUCACCAAAUCGUAACAUACCACAACCUGUACAGCAAAAUAUGAACUCAACACAUAUGUUACAGGGGACUCAGUUACAAGGUGUCUCACGAUCUGUAUCACCAAAUCGUAACAUACCACAACCUGUACAGCAAAAUAUGAACUCAACACAGAUGUCACAGGGAACUCAGUUACAAGGUGUCUCACGAUCUGUAUCACCAAAUCGUAACAUACCACAACCUGAACAGCAAAAUAUGAACUCAACACAGAUGUCACAGGGAACUCAGUUACAAGGUGUCUCACGAUCUGUAUCACCAAAUCGUAAUAUACCACAACCUGUACAGCAAAAUAUGAACUCAACACAGAUGUCACAGGGAACUCAGUUACAAGGUGUCUCACGAUCUGUAUCACCAAAUCGUAACAUACCACAACCUAUACAGCAAAAUAUGAGCUCAACACAGAUGUCACAGGGGACUCAGUUACAAGAUGUCUCACGAUCUGUAUCAUCAAAUCAUAACAUACCACAACCUGUACAAACUAUGGUUGCAACGAAUAUAUCACAUUCUGUACCAAAAAAUUCACAACACAUUGAACAGAAACAUAAAAAAAUAAUUCCUCAAAAAAAGAUAGCAAUGGAAGUUCUACAAAAUCGUACAUCUGAAGAAGUAGCAUCAUCUCAACAAUUAAAGAAAAGUACACUCAGACGAUUAAAGAAGAAAGAAAAUCUGCAAGUUUCAUUAGAAUCAACAACAAACCUAUUCGAUAUAUUGAAAUAUAUCUCUGAUAUCCAAAAACUUAUAUUACUGAAACAACUAGACUACUACUUUGAUUGUACCACUUGGUUACAACAACAGUUUUCUUCAGAAAACUGGCAAGAAAUUCAUUCACAGAGAUCUGUAUUACUUUAUUUCCAAACACUCCUAAAACAUUUAGUAGAAAAAACAAUAAAAAACCUUUCACCAGAUAACUAUCAAACAAACAUACUUAAAAAUAUUGAAAUUGAUGUUCCAAAAGUGAUACAAAUUACAGUAAAAGAAGACAAUGGAAUAUGCUGUCAAGUUGAAGCAUCUAAAAGUAACCAAGAACAGUAUAAUGCAAUGAAUAUUAAACAAAAUUGCACAAAUUAUGAAGAAAAUUCAAAUGUUACAAUAACACAAAACCAAUGUGAAAAAGAACAUGAAGCAACUGAUAAUUCACAGACAAAUAGUUCUUCGAUUAAACAGAAUUUACAAAGUCAUCAAGCAUCAGACGUUGAUGUGUGUCAAGAGAAUAAAGUGGAAAGGGAACCAAACAGCUCUAGGAAUAUACAUAAUUCAAAUACCAAAGAACAGAAUUUAGAUGAGUCAAAAAAAGUAACUGAAAAUAUUCCUCAAGUAGUCAAAGAAAAGUUAUCAGCACUAUCAAAUAUGAAAUUGCUUGACACCCUGCUGCAGUUAAAUCCUCAUCUAGUUACUGUAGAAAUUUCUUCUAAGAAUGAUCAAGUAACUGUUGUUGAUACUAAUGCUAAUAGUGAAAAUACACCAAAAUCCGAAGAACCUGAAGAAUAUCAAGAACAUCAACACUUAAAAGGUACUAUUACUGAUGACUUAACAGUAUCUUCAUUCAAAUCUCCAAAUAACAUUGAGUAUUUUAAUAAUAAGGAAUCACACAACACUUCGUUGGAGAGACCUCCCACAACUUAUAUUAAGGAUGUUAGAAGUAUAUCAAUGGAAACAUAUUUAAAAAUUGGUGUAACUAAUAAUGUUCUUGCAAAUACUAUGGAAGAAAAUAUUGAAGAGGAAGAAAUUAAAAUAUGUUUAUAUUGUGGCAAACCUAGUACUGUAGCAUGUAUAAUUUGUUUAGAAGCUAAAUAUUGUUCUAAAGAAUGUUCUCAAUUACAUUGGGGAGAUCAUUAUAAAGAUUGCUCACCUGUAGAAAGAAGUAUAUCUUCAUAAUUGAAACUUAGUAUUAUUUUUUAUCUUAUUGUCACAAGAACCUACAGCUACACAGCUAUAGUUUCGUGUUAAUCAGUAUUGAUGUCUUUGGUUAGAAUAUAAGGAUAUUAAUAUAGAUUUUCUUUAUUAAUGUUAUAAAUUAUUAUUUUUGACAAAAAAUGAAGAGAUGGCUGUUGUAUUUAAAUAUAAAAAAUAAACUUCUCAAAUAAUG